AGAACCCGUGGGCCUGGGCCAAUGUAAAGCAAUCGAACUGCCUUUUUAACCCGCCCCAUAGCCCAUCUUUCUGAGUCGGCGACUCGGCGAGGAAAAAAUACACCAAAGUAGUAAAACCAAAUCCGAGGAGGGAGUCGGGUCAGGGUGGGAGAGAGAGAAACUGCAAGAGCAUCAGAGAGGAGAGAGAAAGAACAGAGAGCCUCGAGGGUUUAGAAGCAAGAGAGAAGAGAAUAGAAGAAGGGCGUUGAUUAAUUUUGAUUUUGGUGCAGGGAGAGAGAAAGGGCUGGUGAUUCGAAGAAGAAGAAGAAGAAGAAGAAGAAGAAGAGAUGGGAGAGAGGAAGGUAUUGAACAAGUACUACCCGCCGGACUUCGAUCCGGCGAAGAUACCGCGGCGGAGGCAGCUCAAGAACCAGCAGAUGAAAGUCAGGAUGAUGCUUCCCAUGAGCAUCCGCUGCGCCACCUGCGGCAAUUACAUCUACAAGGGCACCAAAUUCAACUCCCGCAAAGAAGACGUUGUCGGCGAGACAUACUUGGGAAUCCAAAUUUUCAGGUUUUAUUUCAAAUGCACGAGGUGCUCUGCAGAGUUAACAAUGAAGACAGACCCGCAAAAUUCAGACUAUGUUGUCGAGGCAGGAGCAACGCGGAAUUUUGAACCGUGGCGUGCAGAGGAUGAGGAAGCAGAUAGUGAAAAGCUUAAAAGAGAAAAGGAAGAAAUGGGAGAUGCAAUGAAAUCCUUGGAGAAUAGAACUUUGGACUCAAAAAGAGAGAUGGACAUCCUUGCUGCCCUGGAUGAAGUGAAGUCCAUGAAGUCAAGACAAGCAACUGUCAGUGUAGAUGCAAUGCUGGAGGCUUUGCAGCGCUCAGCUGAGGAUAAGGAAAAGAAAUUGGAAGAAGAGGAUGAAGCUCUCAUAAAAUCAUUAUUUGGAGGGCCAAGGAGAGAGAUUAUUCAGAGAAUCGCCGAUGAUGUUUUUGAUGAAGAUGAUGAUGAGGAUUUAUCUCAGACUCUCUCUGAAAAUGGCGAAACAUCAAGCAAUCAAUUGAAAAAGAGGAGAAAGGUCUCUGAAGAACCUGCUCGUAACCCCACGGAUUGUCUAGCAAAAACAAGUGACAGCUCCAAGAAUGAAGAAAAGCAAGGGGCUUCCUUGGCACCAAAACACAUUUUCAAGUCUUCGUUAGUCAGAGUUUCUGUUGUUAGGAAACCUUCUUCGGCCUCCAACAGUAAUGGGCCAGCACAUCAGGCUAGCAAACCGACAGAAGAGCACAAAACAAAUGCUACUAGCACUGGGCUACUGUCACUUUGCCAAAACUACGAAAGUGACGAAGAUGAUUAGAUUGCAGUUGAUUGACUUUACAUCAAGCUUUCUUCUUUCUUCUUUCCUGGGGAGGAAAUGCCAGUCCCCCAAUGUAUAUUUCAUAUCACCAGCACCAUCAGCAAAAUCUCUGGUACUGUUUGAUGUGCCAUGGAGCCAGUUUGUGGUAGUACAGCAGGUUUCUGAUUGGGAAUGAGAAUUUACAUGUUUGACUA